AUGGCCAGAGAAAUCAAGCUCCAGCGUUUCCUCGUUCCCCUACUUGUUCUGAGCUUCGUUUUGCUAGCUGCUGCCAUAGAAGCCCGUCCUCUUUCUCAUCAUUAUAAGAAUCAUCACCACCACGGCCACCAGCUCCACCACAACCCGAGGAAGGCCGGUCGGAGCCCGGGAGGGGUUGGCCAAUACUUCGGUGAUGUUCUUGCCCUCUGGGGAGUCAAGAAUUCUGGUCCAAGCCCCGGUGAAGGCCACUAA